AUGUUAAAAGGGUUUCCUGUUAAGGCACUCAUUGCCACUCUGUUCUCCUAUGGGGUGGUAGCAGACGGAAAUGGCCUCAUCGGAUGGGGUAUUACAAUGUAUGACCCGCCCUGCGCAUUCGCAUGUCGCGGUGUCAUUUCAAAAUGUACCCUGCUUUGCACUCCCAAAGACGGUACCGUCAAUCAUGGAACCAGCCAUCAUCCCGUCUCCACGCCACCGGAUUGCUUUACUACAGAUGUUGCUUUCAUGCGUACGAUGGCAUUGUGUAUCGACACUUACUGUCCUACCAAUGGUGCGCCGUCUUUGAGUAAGAUCGAGGACUAUUGGUACGGACAUCUGGGUACCGGAACUGUUGGUAAUUAUAAAUGGGUCCCAACUAUGUCUUACACAGAAGCUCUGCUGGCGGCCAAAGAAGAUGAGCGCAACGGUGUUAAAUUUCCUAAUACCACGACUACUUCGGUCGACGAACACGCAGGCCAUAAUAUGCUUCGCGCACGAGUCCUUCGACGUUACGAAGACUCCAGCACAUUACCAAUAAUUAAAUCGAAACAGCCACUCAAUGUUACUAGUAUGAUUAGCGCUAGUGAUUGGAAAUCACAAUACAAUGGGAUGGUUACCUUCGAAACCAACGAGAAUGGACACUCUACAUAUACGAUCAUAUUGACGCUAGUUGCCCUCCUACUGCCCGUGGCCCUUUCCCUUCUUCGUUUCAUCCCUGGGCUUACACGUAGCAAAGGAUGGACCUAUUUUAAUUCCGUUCUAAACUACCCGGCCGUUUGGGGUACCAGCCAUCGUGAACCAGUAGCAAUGAUAGCUGGGGGAGGCCUCGUCCCUACGCGAGGCCAAGCUAUGUAUAUCACAUUAAUCAGCAUCCUUAAUAUAGUUUUCCUUGCGGCCCCAUAUAUCUACCUCUACCCUCAGUCGAUAUUCGGCUCCCGCGACGAGCAGAAUAUGAGUGUUAUGGGAUGCCGGGCCGGCGUUCUAGCCGUUGGAAACAUGGUAGCCAUGUUUGUAUUCUCAUCUAGAAAUAGUGUACUCCUCUAUAUCACGGAUUGGAGUCAUAGUACUUUCCUUCUCCUCCAUAGGUGGCUCGGAUACUGGACCAUCAUACAGACGGUUCUUCACUCAAUUCUUCUCCUUGCCUACUACGUCCGGUACGGAGAUUAUGCGGCGGAAUUGGCUUCGUUGUACUGGAUUUGGGGGAUUGUCGCAACGGUAGCUGCUGUUGCAAUCUGGGUGUUUUCACUCCUCAUCGUUCGACAAAAAGCAUAUGAGUUCUUCUAUAUCACGCAUAUUAUUCUGAUCGUCCUGUUCCUCGUCGGUUAUUAUUAUCACAUUUGGUACCGAUAUACCUACAACUGGGGGUAUGAAAUAUGGGCCUUCAUUGCAAUUGGUAUUUGGGGUAAGGAUAGAAUUUUGAGGGCUGGUCAGAUGAUCUACCAUGGUUGGAGAACCGCAAAAAUCACCAAUGUGGAAGGCUCCAACGGCGAAUACAUACGCAUCGAUAUCGAUGGAGUCCACUCCGAAGGUGUCGUCUACCUUUGCUUCCCAACUUUGGCAUUUAAUUUUUGGCAGACCCAUCCUUUCUCAAUAACAUCCUCCUUCGCUCGUCACGGUUCAGCCCAACGAGAAACACUCACAAAGUCGACCGAUCAGGAUUCUGAAAAGCAGGCCGAAGCAGAAAUCACUGUCAUUAGUCCGAACCAGUCAGAUACAGCCUCCACAUCAUCGAUCCCGCCUCACGAAGUUAUAUCUCGUAUCAGUAUUAUAGUUCGUACCCGUGGUGGUAUAACUUCCCGCCUUGCCGCAAGGCUAGCGACGGCGGGUGCGGAGCUUCACUUGCCUGUUCUCAUCGAAGGGCCGUUUCAUUCGAGUGUAUCUUCACAGUUGGCACAAUGUAGCACCGUGGUAUGCAUUGCAGGAGGCGUGGGUAUCACAGGAGUCCUACCACAUCUACACCAUUUUGGUGCCCCCCGUAACGGCCGUUUGUACUGGGGUAUACGGGAUACAAGCCUCAAUAAUAUACUCGCCACAGAGAUAGCCGACCUUCCUGCAAGCAUACAGGUCGAAACUGUUGUUGGAAAACGUCUGGAUGUGGAGUCUAUUAUACGAGAAGAGUUAGCCAGUCGUGCUUCUAAUAGUCUAGUUGGAAUCGUGGUUUGUGGCCCUGCGGGUUUAGCCGACGAAGUUCGAAGACAAGCCACAGAUCUGACGAGACGUGGAGCUACAACGGCCCCAUAUCUUCUUAUCGACGAGGCCUUUAGCUGGUAG